AUGUCUCAUUACGUCUUGUCGGAGUCGCAUAAGAAUCUUAUGCACGAGCACCUGGCCGCCUACGACCCGCAGGUCCAGGCCAUCAUCAAUGAUGAGAUCCAGCGCCAGCGCGAGUCUAUUGUUCUCAUUGCUUCCGAGAACCUGACUUCCCUCGCCGUCAUUGAGGCGGUCGGCACUCCCAUGUGCAACAAGUACUCUGAGGGCUACCCUGGUGCUCGCUACUACGGUGGCAACCAGCACAUUGACCAGAUUGAGACUUUGUGCCAGCAGCGUGCUCUUGAGGCCUUCCACCUCGACCCUACCAAGUGGGGCGUGAACGUGCAGACCCUUUCUGGUUCUCCCGCUAAUAUGCAGGUCUACCAGGCCUUGUUACCUGUUCAUGGCCGUCUUAUGGGUCUUGACUUGCCCCAUGGCGGUCACUUGUCCCACGGCUACCAGACCGACACCCGCAAGAUCUCUGCUGUUUCCAACUUCUUUGAGACCAUGCCUUACCGGGUUGACGACAAGACCGGCAUCAUCGACUACGACCGUCUUGAGGAGAACGCUGCUCUGUUCCGCCCCAAGAUUUUGGUUGCUGGCACCUCUGCCUACUGCCGUUUGAUCGACUACAAGCGCAUGCGUGAGAUUGCCGACAAGGUCGGUGCCUACCUUAUGGUCGACAUGGCCCACAUUUCCGGUUUGAUUGCUGCUGGCGUCAUUCCCUCGCCUUUCGAGUACGCCGACAUCGUCACCACCACCACCCACAAAUCUCUGCGUGGUCCCCGCGGUGCUAUGAUUUUCUUCCGCAAGGGCGUUCGCUCGGUCAACCCCAAGACCGGCAAGGAGGUCAUGUACGAUCUCGAGGGUCCCAUCAACUUCUCUGUCUUCCCCGGUUUGCAGGGCGGCCCCCACAACCACACCAUCACCGCUCUGGCUGUUGCCUUGAAGCAGGCCAACACUCCUGAAUUCAAGGAGUACCAGGAGCAGGUUCUCAAGAACGCCAAGGCCCUGGAGGUCGAGUUCAAGAAGCUGGGCUACAAGCUGGUGUCCGACGGCACCGACUCCCACAUGGUUCUUGUUUCUCUCAAGAACGAGAAGGGCAUUGACGGUGCUCGCGUCGAGCACGUGCUGGAGCUCAUGAACAUUGCCUGCAACAAGAACGCCAUCCCCGGUGACAAGUCUGCGUUGGUUCCCGGCGGCAUCCGCAUCGGCGCCCCCGCCAUGACCACCCGCGGCCUGGGCGAGCAGGACUUUGCUCGCAUUGCCCAAUAUAUUAACAAGGCUGUUGUCUACUGCCAGAACCUGCAGGCGUCUCUUCCUGCUGAGGCCAACAAGCUCAAGGACUUCAAGGCUGCGGCCACCGCUGACAAGGACGGCCAGCUCAAGGCUCUCCACGAUGAGAUCGCCGGAUGGGCCUCCAGCUUCCCUCUUCCCUACUAA